CGCAACAUAUACCGGCGUCGCGACGCCGAUUCGACACACCGAAUAAUGUGAUAGUUAAAAGUGAGCUUUUCAACACAAAACGUGAAAACCCAAUAUCGAUAUUAAAGAAAAUUAUUUUUGGAUUAGCUAGAAUCGAAGAAUAGAGGAUAGAAAGUUUAUUUUUAGUCAUAAUUAAUUAAUCAUAGGCUAUUGAAUCGAAUUAUUAGAGCAAUAAAUAGGUUUUUUGGAAUUGGAAGGCUGAAAAAGAGACUGUCGAAAUGUUUUAUUAUUGAAAUUGUAACCGAUGACCGAGUUAGCGAUGCCUCCAGUAGUUUCGAUUUCUUCGGACGAAGUCGACGAUGAUGUGGCCUUCAAGGUCCUCAACCAGGACAACCUCCCAAUAACCAUCAUCGGCGAAGCAAUCCUAAAACCCUUCGGACGCGAAAAUCAAAAACAGAAACCAAACGGGAUUGUCUACCCAACUCGACGCAUUGACACAAAUUUAGAAGAAAACAAACAAAAAUCUUUCACCAGAUCCAAUGGCCAUAUUAAUACCACUCAAGACAAAAACAACUACAACCUCAAGAAGAAUUUCAGUAAUUCCCACGGGAACUUGACGAGCGCUACCAAAACCAAACCGCAAGAACAAGUCGAUACCAAAUUCACCAAAACGCUCGAUGCUAAAUUGCGGAAGCUCCAGAAAGAGUCGAAGAGUAAGAAUGAUAAUGGCAGGAAGCCGUUUGUUACGACUGUGAAAAAGGGACUGUUUUUGGAACCGCCGCCGGAAAUAGCGACUCUGAUUGGGAUUAAAGUGGAGGAAUCGAAGCAGAAGGAAACGAAGAAGUUGUAUGCGUAUGCGAGCGAGCCGAGGGUGUUGAAUAGAGCGCCGGCGAAGAAUGUUCACAAGGCGAAGUGCGAAGCGGCGGCGAAGGCGGCGGCAUGCGUGGUGGCGAGCGUGGCGGGGAUUCAAACCGAUUUAGAUGUUAACAGUAAUGUCAACAAAAGAGCUUUAGAUGUGCCUUUGCCCUAUUCGAAUCUCAUGUUUGACAGGAGGAUUUGUAGGGGUAGUAAUUUCGCUCCUACAUUAUCCGGACACAUGCCAAAAUGGAAUCCGAAUUUUGCAAACGCUAGACUCCUGUCGCAGGAUAAGGGUGACGGCGAGUCGGCUGCAGCUCGCGCGGCCGAGGCCCGAAGACGUGCCCUUGCUCGAAGAAAAGCCAAAAACCAACAAGUUCGCGCCACCCAAUUGCGACUAGGAUCGCCGCCUCCCGUCCCGGGAAGAAAACACGAACCCGUCCAAACCGAGAUCUACCUCGAGGAGAUCUUCAACAAUCCACCCACGUCGGACAUCUGCACACAAACCGAACUGUUCCUCGAAAGACCCCUUUCGCCGUACUAUGUCCCUGCUAAAGUGGGAAUCGAUGCGGAAACGCAGAUUUAUCCAGGAGAUUUGUUCGAUUUCGAUAUGGAGGUGCAACCGAUUUUGGAAGUUUUGGUUGGGAAGACGGUGGAACAAGCGUUGAUUGAGGUUUUGGAGGAGGAGGAGUUGGCAGCGUUGAGGGAGCAACAGAGGAGGUUCCUGGAGAUAAGAUCUGCGGAGACUGCGGAAGCCCAAAGAUUGGAAGAGAGGGAGAGGAGACUGGCGAAGGAAAAAGACCGGAGAAUUGCGGAGUACGAAGACGGAUAUCGGUUGCAAAAGGAAAUGGAAGAGAGGAUAGCAGCGUCGGUGUUGAUGCAGGGUUACAUUUCAGAUUUGCUUCCGUCGGUUUUAGAAGGAUUAGAAAACGAAGGGUUCCUCAUGGAUAGUAUUAAACAAGAUAUCGACGAGUCUUUCAUGCCUUGGUUGAUGAAAGAAGUCACGCACGAACUGAAGGAUAUAGUUAGCAGUCGAGACGUCCUCACAGACAUCGUUCGAGAAAUCCUCGAAAACCGAGCCGAAAUCUACAAAGCCUUAAACCAAACCCCCCGAUCUCCUCCGAGCGAAGAGGAAGAGGGACCCACCCAUGAAGAUAUCAUUCUCGCCGACCACCUGAAACUGCAAGAAGAAAUAUCGAAGAAGAUCGCCGAAGAACAACCCAAGGAGGACUAAUGGAUUAUGGAACGGGAGGGUGAAGAGUCGCAAUUUUUCAAUUUAUUAGAUGCACGAUUAUACACUUGUUUUAUUUUUAUUGUAUAAAUAUUAUUGUACAUGUUGGAAAUCAAUAAAUCUAUUGUUUAUUUACUAAA